AUGGUCACUUUACCUAGAGACUACAGCAAGAGAGUCUAUCAAGGUGUCAGAGUGAAGCACACAGUCAAGGACCUGUUGGCAGAGAAACGAUCCAGGCAAACGAGUAAUUCAAGAUUUAACGGCGGUACCAAUUCCUCUCAGUCUCCAUUUGUCCAGAUGCCAGGCUCACCUGCAACGUCCAGUUACUAUGGUGUUAGAAGAUCAUUUUUAUCUGACUCGGAUUUCCACAACACUAAACAGUUUUCCAAUGAUGGCUACCCAUCAACCCUGGCUAAACCCUUUUCCUGUGAGUCCUCUACUGUGCAAAAUUACCCACCGAUCCUGGAUUCCUACUUUUCUGAGCCUUAUGGAGACUAUCGCCCAGCAGCUCUGACCCCCAACACAAGCUCUCUCUUCGGUGCUUCACCUUUGCCCCCACCACUUCUGCAACCACAUUUUCCUAGUGACUCCACCCACUUCGUAUUUAGAGACUCAUGGGAGCAGACAGUGCCUGAUAGCCUUAACCAGCCUGAAGUGGUGUCUUCAGACCCGCUGCAGACACUACCAGCUGGCACUAAUUGCCUUUCACCACAGGAGUCUGGAAGCCCCUCUCAAAACAGAAGCUCUGGUUGGGGGGCUGCUCUCCCCGGAGCUCAAUCCUACUCACUGCAUGCACUAGAGGACCUGCAUUAUACACCAGGUUACCCUGCUCCUUCCUCCUACUCUUUCACACCUUUUAUGACAGUGACCAAUGACUUAACUCCCAAGGUGAUUCAGCUGUCUUCAGACGAGUCCCUGGAUACUACCUCUCUUCAUGAGAAUCCAUCCUGGACAAAGGACGAUGGGAAUGGCGUAUGGGGGUCCUAUGAAUGUCGAAGAGCUUACUAA